GGUCUGUUGAUGUGGCCGGGUUUGGAGCGCUGUAUCACGGCCAGCCUCACAGCUGUGACUCGCUGUGAUUCCCCCCCCCCCCUCCCUCGCCGUUACUCUCAGCAGGGGCCCGGUUGCCACCGCUGUCUCCCGUAAAGAUGGAGCUCCGGACGAUUAUACCCGCUCUGCUCUUCCUCUCUGCCGCAUGUCUGCAGUCGGUGUCCGGGGCGGCAUCACGGAGAGGACCGAAAGUCACCGAGAAGGUGUUUUUUGACAUUACAGUGGCGGGUCACGAGGUGGGGCGGAUCGUCGUUGGCCUUUUUGGGGAGGUUGUCCCACUCACUGUCAAUAACUUUGUCGCCCUGGCAACUGGAGAGAAAGGUUAUGGCUACAAAGGGACAAAGUUCCACAGAGUCAUCAAGGACUUCAUGAUCCAGGGAGGAGACUUUACAGCUGAAGAUGGAACUGGAGGUCACAGCAUCUAUGGAACAACUUUUGCAGAUGAAAACUUCAAACUGAAGCAUUUAGGAGCCGGCUGGGUGAGUAUGGCGAAUGCCGGUCCGGACACCAACGGAUCGCAGUUCUUCAUCCUGGCUGCCAAAGCACCGUGGCUGGAUGGGAAACACGUGGUUUUUGGCAAAGUCCUGGAUGGGAUGUCUGUGGUUCACACCAUCGAGCUCCAGGACACCAACGACAGAAACCUGCCGUACACCGAGUGUGUGAUCGUCAACAGCGGCAGGAUCCCCGUCAAAGAGCCCUUCGUGGUGGAGGUGGAGGGCUGGUAAACGCCACUUUUAGACGGUUUACUGUAGAACAAAGACACUAUGUGAUUAUUAGAUUCUGGUGAUCAAUCAGAAGUCCAAAUUCAGAUUCUCAUAUUAUCACUUUUGCAUGUUAACGUGCUGACACCAACAUGCUAGCAACUAGGGCUGGGUAUUUGUUUAAAAUGUUUUGAUUCUCUAUGCUCAGGUGAAAACCUUAUAUCUCCAAAAUGGCCACUUUUUUAGGAUUGCCACGUUUUGAACUAGAUUCAAUUUCGACAACAAAGCAACUUUAGAAUCAGCAGAUUUUGGCUUUUUUAUUU